AUGAAUAUGACGAACGAGAUACCCUGUGGCUGCAAACUCUGCCUCAUGGACUGGUGGCUGCAUGGGGACAAGUGCUACUGGGUCUCCACAAAAUAUAAAAUCUGGAGUGAGAGCCUUGAGGACUGUGCAGCCAGGAGCUUCUAGCUGCUACUAAUCCAGGACAAGGUGGAGUUGGAGUCCAUGAAGGGGCUGACACCAGCUCUCACACACUUCUGGAUUGGCCUGUCCGUGCCCUCCCUGGAGAAGGGCUGGACCUGGCUGAACGACCCCCAGCUUCAUACAGCCCUGCUGCCAGUACCCAGCCUGGCAGAGGACAAGGUCUGUGGAGCAGUGAGAGGGGAUCAAAUUCAAUCUGAACUCUGCAACACAGAAUUUAAGUGGAUUUGCCAGAAAGACGCCAACCUGAUCUGA